AUGUUGUUCUACGUGUUGUUCCACGUGUUGUUCCACGUGUUGUUCUUCGUGUUGUUCUACUACGUGUUGUUCUUCUACGUGUUGUUCUACGUGUUGUUCUUCUACGUGUUGUUCUACGUGUUGUUCUACGUGUUGUUCUACGUGUUGUUCUACGUGUUGUUCUACGUGUUGUUCUACGUGUUGUUCUACGUGUUGUUCUUCUACGUGUUGUUCUACGUGUUGUUCUUCUACGUGUUGUUCUACGUGUUGUUCUUCUACGUGUUGUUCUACGUGUUGUUCUACGUGUUGUUCUACGUGUUGUUCUACGUGUUGUUCUACGUGUUGUUCUACGUGUUGUUCUACGUGUUGUUCUACGUGUUGUUCUACGUGUUGUUCUUCUACGUGUUGUUCUUCUACGUGUUGUUCUACGUGUUGUUCUUCUACGUGUUGUUCUACGUGUUGUUCUUCUACGUGUUGUUCUACGUGUUGUUCUACGUGUUGUUCUACGCUGGUACACAGGACUACUAUUGA